GCAGUGUGCCCUGACUGCUCUGCAGUGCAGUGGUCCUGUCCUGUCCUGUCCCCACGUGCCCCUCGUGUCCUGGUGCUCUCAGUGAAGGAAGCCAAGGCAGCGUCACCCCGAGCCUUGGUACUGGCACGGCUGCCUCGGACAAGGUGCACAUUGUCUCUCCCUGGUCCUGCCUCCCCUAUUGGCCACCCCCGACUGCCACAUGGACCAGACCUCUUUAAAGGGAGACCACUAAAUCUCAGUUGGGCACACAAUCUCCCCGACUGCCACCAAGAGCUGUUGUGGCCACUGCCUCUUUCUGCAGGACCAGCGCCUCACAAAGCCUGUACGAUGUGUAACCGAUUUGUGGGAACCUGGAAACUCAUCUCCAGUGAAAAUUUUGAUGAUUAUAUGAAAGAAUUGGGAGUGGGUUUAGCUACCCGGAAACUAGGUGGCCUGGCAAGGCCUGAUGUGAUCAUCAGUAUGAAAGGGGACAUAGUGACCAUCAGAACUGAAAGCACCUUCAAAAAUACAACCAUCUCUUUCAAACUGGGCCAGCAGUUUGACGAAACAACAGCAGAUGACCGGAAAGUCAAGAGUGUUGUAACCUUGGAGAAAGGGUCAUUGGUGCAAGUGCAGAAGUGGAAUGGCAAAGAAACCACAAUAAAGAGAAGACUUGUUGAUGGGAAGAUGGUGGUGGAAUAUGCCAUGAAAGGGGUUGUCUGCACUAGAGUUUAUGAAAGAGUGUGAAGACGUUUCCUCUCUGCACCGGACUGGAACUGGCUCUAAAACCUUGGCUUAGUUCAGUGACCAAAGCCUCAUGCACUGUGCUUCUUUAUUUUAUUUCCUUUUAUUGGGAAAAUGAUUGCACCAUAAUUCGAUAUUUCAGAGCCAUAGUGUAACUAAUCCAAAAUAUUGUGGCGAUCCAAUAAAGGCUUCUCAACACAGAAAA